AUGGCAAAUACACCACAAUCAUCAGAGGGAAACUCUUCUUCUUCUGCAGUUAUGGACUCUAGCAGUCCAUAUUAUCUCCAUCCCUCAGAUUCCCCAGGGAUGAAUCUUGUGAAUUUCGUUUUUGAUGGAACUAUUUUUGCUGCGUGGAGAAGGUCCAUCAUUAUUUCUCUAUCAGCUAAGAACAAGAUGAGUUUUAUUGAUGGUUCUUCCGAAAUACCAUCUGCUGAUACACCUGAGUUCAAGCUUUGGACUAGGUGCAAUAACAUGGUGAUUUCUUGGCUGCUUAACUCCCUUUCAAAAGAAAUUGCAGGGAGUGUGAUAUACUCAAAAUCUGCUAAAGAUCUCUGGACUGACCUUCAUGACAGGUUUGGUCAGUCCAAUGGAGCUCAACUCUAUCAUCUUAAAAAAAGCCUCACAGAUCUGGUGCAAGGAACAACUGAUGUAUCAGGAUAUUUCACAAGAAUCAAGAGGAUUAGGGAUGAGCUGGAUGCUCUCUCCAGCGGAGAAAUAUGUUCUUGCAACUGCACCUGUGGAGGAAAGAAGAAAAUAGUCAAAUCCAAGCAGGACGAAAGAUUGAUCCAAUUUCUAAUGGGACUUAAUGAUGUUUAUGCAGCAGUAAGAAACAACAUACUCAUGAUGUCACCUCUCCCUAAUGUGAAUCAUGCCUACUCUAUCCUCAUUCAAGAUGAGAAACAGCGAGAGGCAUAUGUUAAUCCUAAGUUUCCAGGUGACUCAUCUUCAUUUCUUGCAACACAUCAGAAUUUCUCAGGUCAGAGAAUAAUAGGCUAUCCACCUGAUUUUAAGUUCAGCAAGGGGUCAAAAUCACAACCAAACAACAAAGGGAACUCUAUGGCUAACGCAGUGACAACAGUUGGAUAUUCAGGUUACACAACAAAUGGGAAACAAGAAAAUGGAUCAGUUGCUCAGGAGAACUAUGGUCGUUUGGAAGAAGAGUUUCAGAAUGCACAGAUUGGAGAUGUGCCAUUUGCAGGAAGUGAGGUUUCAGCUAACAUGGUGCACUGUUUUGCUGAUUCAGGAGCUUCUGCUCAUAUGUCGUUUGACCCUUCUUUCUUUACUACUCUUACACUUCUGCCUUCUCCUAUUUAUGUCAAGCUCCCAAAUUCUUUUAGGGGCCAUUCAAUGAGGACCCCUCUGGUUAUUGGUGAAGCAAAGGAUGGGAUCUAUAUUGUUACAUCCGGCAUUUUUGCAUAUUCGAAAAAUUCGAAACAAUUUGGCUUCUGUAGUUCUUUUCCUAGUGCUUUUUCUAUUCCAGUAAACAAUAGGGAUGAUGUAAAAUUAUGGCACAUUAGAUUGGGCUGCAUGCCUUUUGAUUCAAUGAAAAACAUCAGUCCCUCUUCUUCCUUUUCUCAUUUUGAUCACAAAUGUGAUAUAUGCCCUGUUGCUAGACAAACUAAACUGCCAUUCCCUUCUAGUUGCAUCAAAACUAAGGUAAUUUUUGAGUUAAUUCAUGUGGACACUUGGGGACCCUAUAAAUCAUCUACCUACAAUGGAUACAAGUAUUUUCUUACUAUUGUAGAUGAUUUUAGUAGAGCAACUUGGACUUAUCUCUUGAGCACUAAAAGCAAUGCUUUCCCUGCACUAAAAAACUACCUAGCUUACAUUGAAUGA